CCGCUGCCUCGGCCUCGAAGAGAGGAAGAGACGCACUACCUCCGACUCUACGGAGCGGAGGACCGGAUCCCAAGGCCCCAAAGGCGGUGGCUGGCGAGGGUAGGCGCGGUGGUGACACCGUUCGUCCUACUAAGUCGGCUGCUGUUGGAGGUGGCUCGGGGGUGAUGGAUCAAGUCCACCCGGAUAUCCGGACCCCGAAGGCGGCUGUUGGCGAGGGUAGGCGCGAGGGAAACCUCGUUCGUCCUGCUAAGUCGGCGGUUGUUGGAGGUGGCUCUGGGGGAAUGAGUGAAGCUGGGGUGAAAUACCCUCAGACGUCCGACGAGGCCCGAAAGGGUCCUAAGGACACAAGAGUAGUCGCUGGUGAGAGUGGGCGCGGUGGCGACACCGUUCGUCCUGCUAAGCCGGCGGCUCCCAGGGUAACACCUGGCACUUUACCUUCGUCUCUACGGAGCGGAGGACCGGAUCCCAAGGCCCCGAAGGCGGUAGCUGGCGAGGGUAGGCGCGGUGGAAACACCGUUCAUCCUGCUAAGUCGGCUGCUGUUGGAGGUGGUUCGAAGGUGAAGGAUCAAGUCCACCCGGAUAUCCGGGCCCCAAAGGCGGCUGUUGGCGAGGGUAGGCGCGAGGGAAACCUCGUUCUUCCUGCUAAGUCUGCGGUUGUUGGAGGUGGCUCGAGGGGUAUGGGUGAAGCUGAGGUGAAAUACCCUCAGAUGCCGGGUCCUAAGGACUCGAGGGCAGUCGCUGGUGAGGGUAGGCGCGGUGGCGACACCAUUCGUCCUACUAAGCCGGCGGUUGUUGGUGGAGUGAGGGGGGGCGAGGGGGGUCGCCCGGAUCCCAAGGCCCCAAAGACGGUGGCUGGCGAGGGUAGGCGCGGUGGUGACACCGUUCGUCCUGCUAAGUCGGCCACUAUUGGAGGUGGUUCGAGGGUGAAGGAGCAAGUCCGCCCGGAUCUCAAGGCCCCAAAGGCGGCUGUUGGCGAGGGUAAGCGCGAGGGAAACCUCGUUCGUCCUGCUAAGUCAGCGGCUGUUGGCGGUGGUUUGAGGGAGGUGAAGGGUGAAGCUGAGGUGAAAGACCCUCAGGUGUCUGUCAAGGCCCGGCCUGGUCCUAAGGACCCCAGAGCGGUCACCGGUGAGGGUAGGCACGGUGGUGACGCCGUUCGUCCUACUAAGCCGGCGGCUACUAUUGGGAGCCCUAAGGUGACGGACAGCCGACCAGUUGCUAGCUCCAACGGUCGUGCUGGGUUUGGGGACGCCUGGACCAAGACGGAUUCAAAGGUCUCCCGAUCGGAGCGUGUUGUGGGGAAGAACGACCGGGCGAAGGGUGCGGCACCUUCUGUCCCAGCUACUGGGACCCUUCCCGGUCGUGUUGGGUUUGGAGAUGCCCGGACCAAGAAGGAUCCAAAGGUCUCCCGAUCGGAGGAUGUUGUGGGGAAGAACGACCGGGCGAAGGGUGCGGCACCUUCUGUCCCAGCUACUGGGACCCUUCCCGGUCGUACUGCCCUAGGCUAUACGAUGCCUCGCUAUAUGGCGCCUACGGCUGCCAGUCAGGCGAGAGGUCGCACCGCCGCGUCCACGACGAUCGAGCAGUUGAGGGCGACGACGGCGGGCCCCCCGAGGAUAUACCGCUACCCCAUGAAGGGGGCCGUGAAGGUGGGAGGUUGGGGGCCUGUCAAGAAGGCUGCUACGAAGCCGGCGCCGUCCCUGGUUUCCGCGAAGAUGUCAGGGAAGGUGUCUGGUGGCCAGGACACCGAUAAGCGUGUCGAGAAGGCUGCGCCUGCCUUGGCCUCGUCGAAGAAGCGGAAAGCAGAUGCUGAUGCCGACGAUGGAAUGCGCGUCAAGAGAGCCUUGACCAUUCCGGAGAAGGCGAAGGCAUCUGCGGACCACCACUUUGACGAGCGCGUCAAGAAGGCGCAGCCCGCCUCGACCUUAUCGAGGAAGCGGAAGGCCGACCACGACCCUACCUCCGAGGCGAGGGCCGCCAAGAAGGGGAAGGGGAAGGAGGUGGUCUCGGAGGCGGAGAAGUGGAAGGGGAAGGGGAGGGAGGCUGUGGUGCCAACGGGUAAGUGGAAGGGGAAGGGGAAGGAGAUGGCCCCGGUGGCGGAGAAGGGGAAGGUGGUAGAGGAGGAGGAGGUGUGGGAGCAGUGGCCGGAGGAGGAGUGGUCCCGGCCACAGGGGGGGGCGAACUCGGGCGGGAACUCGGGCGGGCCUAGCAACCCGCCGCCGUGGAGACGGCGGUGGGAUGUGUAGGGGGCGGAGGGGGCGGAGGGGGUGUUCUGGUU